CGUGGGAAAUCCAAAGCUAGAGAUCCUGGAAACGACUUGGUUAAAGGGCCCCAUCCAACAGACGACACGACCGCUUGAGGGCCGAGAAAGAGGGGGAGCAGACGAGCCGCCAGCAGCAGCAAGAAUUCCAGCCCGACCACAGCCUCAACUGCCAGAUCUACACACAGCUGCCACCUACCACCCACCUACCCAGCCCAGCCAACCUGACCAGUAUCCAACACUCCACCGCGUCAUCUGGACGAGCAUCCACCUAUCACGCAGCACUCGAGAGAAAAAAAAAGAGCCGUAACAGGUUCCACCGCUUAGCUCGCUUUUCAUCGAGUACAUCUUCGUUUGCAACACCGUUCCGUCUGGACAGCUGCGUGCAGCACAACUUGUUGCAACAUGGAUCAGGACGAGGUCAGUCAUACCCCCCGGCCAGCGUGCCCGUGGUUUUUAGCCCGGGACUGCCCCCCCCUGUGCUUCGAAGCCGCCAACCCAGAUUCGCCCAAUCCGUGCGGGCAGCCCCUCCCCUAGCACCACCACCCGCCGCCACACACAACUGGCACCCCACCACAUUUCAAUGAUUGCUCAGUGAGCAAUCUGACCUUCGUCAAUCGUCCGUUGUGCGUGACUGUCCCUGUGUCUGUGCCUACCCAUCUCUGCCGUUGCGCCCCUGGGCAUCGCACCUUUUAUUAUUUGGUCGUCCUGUUAUCCCUACAGACCUUGCUUUCUGCCCGAUAAACGCCCCGCACAGGCAUUUGAUGGAAGUCUACCCGACCUUGGUGGAGAGUCGAAGAGCUGCAGAAAAAAAAGGGAAGGCAAAGUCAAAAAUAGCGAGCAACCCGCUAACCUAGGCUGGCCACGGAGCAGACCCAACUCCCCGAGCGCAAGGCCCGCAAGUCGGUCGCCUUCACAGAAGAGAAGCUGGUUGUCGACGCAGAGGGCAAAGUGACCAAGAUGUCAUCUCCAAACGACGACACCAAGGACACGGCGCAGUCCCACACGGCUCCCCCCGCCGACGAUGCCGCCGCGCCCCCCGCUGCCGAGGAUGAUGGGCUGGACCUCACGCUGAAGAAGAAGAAGAAGAAGCCCAAGAAGACGGAGGACGAGGAGGGCGGUGAGGAUGCCGAUGGGGACGACGCCGCGGCCGACGAUGGCGGCCUCGACCUGACUCUGAAGAAGAAAAAGAAGAAGAAGGUCCCUAAGGAUGGGGAGGACGACUUUGCUGCCAGGCUCAAGGCCGUCAACCUGGAGGACAAGGAGGGCGGCGAUGACGCUGCUGAGGAGCAGCCCGCCGCCGUCGACGACGGCGAUAUGGACGCCGGCACGGGUAUCUGGCAGCACGACGCGACCCAGACGAUUCCUUACGAGCUGCUGCUGAAGCGAUUCUACAAGCUUCUGGAGGAGAAGAACCCGGACCACGCGACGAGCGGAACCCGCAGCUACAAGAUCCCGCCCCCGCAAUGUAUGCGCGAAGGAAACAAGAAGACCAUCUUCGCCAACCUUGCAGACAUCUGCAAGCGCAUGAAGCGUACCGAGGAGCACGUCACGCAGUACCUGUUUGCUGAGCUGGGAACGUCUGGUUCGACCACGGGCGGCAAGGCCCUGGUCAUCAAGGGCCGUUUCCAGCAGAAGCAGCUUGAGAACGUGCUGCGGAAAUACAUCAUCGAGUAUGUUACCUGCAAGACGUGCCGAUCGCCCGACACAGAGCUCAACAAGGGGGAAAACCGACUGUACUUCAUCACAUGCAACUCGUGUGGCUCUCGCCGUUCGGUCACAGCAAUCAAGACUGGUUUCUCGGCACAGAUUGGCAAGAGAAAGAAGAUGCUCAAGGGCUAAGCGGUUGGCUUCUUGCUUGCCGCGCCGUGGUUGGCGGGAGCCAUUCAUGCAUUGCGUCAACGCAUCGGGGCAGCAUCACGUCGGGGUCACAUAUUCCCGCCACUCAGGAUCCACUGGUGCUUUGUUUUUUAUUUUGCGGGAAAAAAACUCUUGUUUCUCAUCACGGCGUUAUCCCGGGUAGACGAUGGCAGGCCCUUGCGCUGUUGGAUCCUGCCGACCUUCCUACUUCGAACUUCGAUGCCAGGUUGCAUGACUCCUGACAACGGCACGGUCCUUAAAAUAAGGUCAGUAGCGACCUCAGGGGGCUUUACAUCUGAUUUAUGGGGAUCUCGGUUGGGGUGGUUGGUAGCCACUGAUAUCUGUAGAUAUGGACUCGUAUUAUCGCAUGGCCUUGGCGGGCAGAAAAAGAGGAGACGCAUGAUUUGACACAAACCGAGCUGUUGGGCCCACGCCUCCUGCGCGUGGGCCUCUCAUGUUCGAUCGGCCGUCUGAAUGGGUCAAAGGCCCCCUUUGAUUCUCGAGAGUGACUGAUUUGACCACUUGCCAC